AUGUCUCGUCGUCAAGUCCAGUUUCUCAGCCGAGGAAUCACUAUCGUCGGCGACCUCUAUCUCCCCGCCCAGACAUCUCCUGAUCGCAAACGUGCCGCCAUAGUGGUUAGCCAUCCGAUGGGAGGAGUCAAGGAGCAGACUGCCGGGCGAAAGCGGAGGGAGCCACGGGGCCUGGAAGACCCAUAUCAGAGGGUCGAGGAUGUCAAAAGCGCGGUAACCUAUCUGUCAACCCUCACGGAGGUUGAACCUGAGCGCAUUGGAGCAUUGGGGAUCUGCGCGUCUGGAGGCUAUGUCCCAUUUGCUGCGCAAACCGACUUGCGGAUCAAGGCCGUGGCCACAGUCAGCGCAGUAUGUGCCGGCACCCUCUGGCGCGAAGGAUUGAAAGGCACUGCGGCCAUUAGCGAUCGGGCGACAGUCCUCCAGGGUCUGAAAGAAUCCGGCAGGGCUCGACUCGCAGAGGCCAAGGGAGAGCAGCCUCCUCUCCUUCCGAUUAUACCAGACAGCCCUGACAACAUCCCAGAAGGCACCCCAUGUCUCUUCCGAGAGGCGAGCCAGUAUUAUCGAACGCCACGAGCACAGCAUCCCAGAUCGACCAACCGCUUUCCCUCACGGAGCGUGGAUCUCAUGGUGAACUAUUCGUCAUACACGUUCAACGACUUGAUCUCUCCGCGCCCGUUGCUGAUGAUCGCAGGGAGCGAGGCGGACACCCUCUAUUUUAGUCAGGAAGGAAUUGAGCGCGCAAAAGAGCCAAAGGAGCUGUUUUUGGUCAAGGGGAAGACUCAUGUGGGAUUGUAUGAUGAUCUGUCGGAGACCCUUCCAAAGUUGGUUGACUUUAUGGAAAAGGCGUUGUGUCAAUGA